AUGCAGCCCAUCGUGGGACCACCUCCUCAGCCAUACAAUGCCCAAUAUUCAGCCGUUCCACAGAAGCUCGAGCAACCCCAGCAACUCGAAACAGAGAAGAUGGUACUUCAUGGGCAGCUUGAGAGCUUGAAGACGAAAGUCAAAACGCUUCGAAUGUUCUCUCGAGCGAUCUCCACUGCCCUCAACAUGGUCCUGUUUGCAUUCAUGGCCUUCGUAAUCGCGACAUUCUACGCAACUCGAAACGAUACAGCCCUCGGCCGAACCAUCUGGCCCGAAGUCAAUCCCAAAGUCUGGCCGACAAUCAUGCUGCUAGCAUCGUCUCUCAUCACCUUCCUCAUGUCACUGUCCGUCCUGUGCUUCUACUGCUUUUGCUUCAAACGAGCAAGCGAGAGCUGGAAGCUCGUCGUCGCUACAUAUGUGAUCCACAUUGGUGUUUGGCUUGUUGUGACGAUACUUUAUAGACAGCAGAAGGCGCUUAAUGAUAUCUGGGGGUGGUCUUGUACGCAGAUCGCGACAAAAUUGCAAGAUGAAGGACACUCAAGAGUCAACUUCCAGCAGUUGUGUAAAAUUCAGAGCGUAUCGUGGGUUCUAUCCAUCAUUGAAACGAGUCUGAAGAUAGUGUUUGGAAUAGGAUACUUUUUCUUCUACCGCAAGGUUAGAGAAGUGAGUGCGAAGAGGACUCUGGCAAACACCAUGGGAGAAGGAGCGGAGGGGCUUCUGAAUGCAAUUUUCUGA